CAUAGAUCAUACGCGCUUGUGAUUUUUCUGAAGUGGAAAAGAUGCGACUUGAGAGUGAGAAUAGAGGUCGAAUAUAGUCUGACUUCCAUCUAUUGUUAGCAAUGAUGGCUGGAGAAUGGCUUGAACUUGAAAGUGAUCCAGGUGUGUUCACUCUUCUUGUCCAAGAGUUUGGAACAAAAGGUGUACAGGUUGAAGAGGUGUAUGACCUUCAAAAGCCUAUAGAUGGACCGGUCUAUGGAUUCAUCUUUCUCUUUAAAUGGAUUGAAGAACGUCGAGCGAGACGUAAGGUUCAGUCAAUAGCGGAUGAUGCAUACGUCACUAAUCCAGGCCUGCUCAAAGACAUGUUCUUUGCCCAUCAGAUGGUACCAAAUUCCUGUGCAACACAUGCUCUACUCAGCAUACUGCUCAACUGCCAAGACAUUACCUUGGGGAAAACUCUUUCAAACUUCAAGGAGUUUACUAAAAACUUCAGCCCAGAGGAUCGUGGGGAAGCCAUUGGGAAUGUACCAGAGAUAGCCCAAGCUCACAAUGCCCAUGCUCAUCCAGAACCUCCAAGGUUACCAGAGAAAGCUACCGGAGGAAUCACAAGAGCUAGAGAAACCUUCCAUUUCGUCAGCUAUGUCCCUAUAGGAGGAAGGCUCUAUGAGCUGGAUGGACUCAAACGAGGCCCUCUGGAUCAUGGGCCUUGGGAUGAAAAAGAAGAAUGGACUGCUAAGUUCCAGAGAGUCAUCGCUGAUAGACUCGAGAAUGAAGGUGGUUCAUCUGACAUCAGGUUUAGUUUGAUGGCUGUAGUAGCAGACAAGAAGAUAGCCAUAGAACAGAAGCUCUCUACACUCAGAUCAAAUAGAGAGAUUCUACUGCAGACCCUCAAUCAGCUUGUGGAGUCGACACAAAAACCUCCAUCUGGGAAACUAUCACUCAAGCUGUCCAGAGUGUUUGAUGCAAGGUGUGACACAACCAAAGAGCACAGGGAAUCGACAUCAACUGAAAAUCAUCUAGGUGACUCUGCAAAGAACCUCCCAAACUUCACAUCUCAGCACACAUACAGACAACAUGCAGAGGAGAUCACUUCAGUCAAAAAGAAGAAAAAGAAAAAGAAGAAAAAGAAGAAGAAACAUGUCCAGAUGGAUAAAGGUCCAAGCCCAACACCGGUGGUGUACAAAUUACCAGCAGCCCUUGACAGUCACAACUAUUGUAAAUCUCCUCUGUCUUGUGAUGAACAAUCAAUGUCAAGCCCCAAUACAGACUCGGCAGAAUCUGAGAGUGAGGAAGACAAGAGCUUGGACAAGGGUUCGGGCAAGAGUUUAAAGUCGUCUUUUCAAGAGGACCAAAAUUUAAAGGCUGGACCAAGUGAUACGCAGGAGCAAGGUGCUGAGGGGGCGGGUGAAAUACCAGAGAGGGAUGAGGGGAACGUGUGUCUAGUUGUGAAGACAGAUAAUAGUGAUGCCGAUGGAGGCAGUUGGACAGAGAGUGUGGAGAUUGUUGACGUGGAGAAUGUGACAGAGGCAAAGGUAGAAAGCACAAAGAUGGAAGAAUGUAAGAAGGAGGAGGAGGAUAUCAUGAAGGGUGACACCAAUGAAAUGAUGGAUGCUCAAGAAAAGGACACCAAAGAAAAUGAGAGUAAUGAAGGUGAGAGCAUCAAAGGGGAUGUGGUUAAUUCAGAGAUUAAACCGGAGAUUAAGUCGGAGAUCAAACAGGGGAUUAAACAAGAGAUUAAAUCAGAACCAAGUACUAGCAACAAGACGCUUCUGUCUUUCACAGCGAAGAUUCCUCCAGAUUUAUGCCAACCGCUCACCAUCCACACAGCGCCGGAUCGCAUCCCGUCUUCACCGUCGCCUAGCAACUACAGCACGGAUACAGCUUCUGAGAUGGGUAGUGCUUUCAACUCCCCUCUCAUCAAGUCUGCUAAUCAGUCUAGGUCGAGCAGUCCCACCACAAGCAAACUCAAUAAGUUCCAGGCCUGGAAAGCCGGUGCUAGCGUGGAUGAGAGGAAUAAGUUGGAAGCUGCCAUCGCCAAGAUUGAAGAUGAAAGGAAGCAGGCCAUUAUCGAUGAGGGAGGGGAGAUUGGAGGACUGGAUAUUGGAAGGUUGAAGUCAUUGAGAAAGAGACCGGGUAUUGACUUUGAUGAUACUGACAUCCAAGCUAAGAGACAGCUUUUCAACAAGGAUGGAUCAGGUGGGCGUGGCUCGGGCAAACGAGAAGCAGCUGUCUGGACGAAGAUCAAGAAAGCUGCCCUCAAACAAGAUGAUACUCAGCACUUCACACCAGGGGAGCUUCUCGAUGUCUUGAAAGGAGUAGAGAGUGAAAUCAGUGUGUAUGAGCAGAGACUACAGGAUGAACGGGAGAAGAGAAACAAGUACAAGAUUGAUGACAACCGACGGACCCACAACUAUGAUCCAUUCAUCUUCACAUUCCUGUCUAUGCUAGCUGAGCAGGGUAAACUAGCGCCGUUGGUAGAGAAACACACCCUCAUCAAGCGAAGACAAGGUAUCUCCUCACUAGGACGGCUGCAGAGGAACCGUAAACCCGAUAGGAGGAGAAGGAAGAAUCGAUCGAGAGGUAUCCGAAAGAAGUCGGGGAAGUACAAGUAAUGUAAUUUCGAAAUAGAUUACACAAAGCUGUUAAAGAAAUGUGAGAAUAACAGUGUGAAUUUUUUAUUAUUAGAUUAGACCUUAAUCAUACCACUGUAAUGUAACAUAUUACCCAGUGCCAUUGCUAUACGGAAUUUGGACAACUCAGUUUCAAUUGGACAAAACAUCACAUGCUGUAUUGUUGGGCAAGCACACAGCACAAAUUUGUCCCAUAAAACCAAAUUGGCUGAAAAUCUCUCCGUACAGAUGACUGUGACAUAAACCGAUUGACAUCUGAAUUACUUGACAUUUGCAAUGGAGAAAAAGUAAAUUUUAUUUUUUGAAGGAUUUUUUUUAAAAGCUUUCAUUAGUAAACUUCUCCACUAUUGUUGAUGAAAAUUGGUACCAAUGCUAAACUUAAGACUUUCCUCUUUCAUUUUCAUGUGAUCUAUCAAAUAAUUUUGAAUUUACCCCUCGAUUAGCCCCAAUUUGAAAAUUAUGACUUUGAAAGAAUGCUCAUGUUCAUGUAGUAUUUGAAAUUCAUUGUAUUUUCUUGUAUUCAGCCUGCACAUAUUAUAGCACGGCAGUUUUCUAUAACAAGAAGUUAUAUUGGCUGUUGAGAUGUAUUUGUGUUGGUAAAAAUAUUAUGAAGUCAAGUGAAAUCUAAAUUUGUAUGCUUGUAAUAACGGCUAAAAUGUCAUACGUAUCUAUUUGAAUGUAUAUGAGCAGUAUUUACCAGGAGACUCUUAUGUAUAGAGUCUACUUUGCCCAAAUAGAAAUUAUAAUUAUCAACACUACUCUUGUUUUUACACCACAAAUUCACAUGAUUGAAAAUGAUGAUGACAUGUUAAUGUUACAAUCUGUUAGCAUUUAAUACUCACACAUAUCACUACAGCAGUCAGAAUAUGAAUUGAACCUUUAAAAAAAUCAACUAGAUCAUUUGAAGUGACUUUGAAAUCUGUAAAUUCAUGAUUGUUGUGUCUGUGCAUUUGGAUUAUUGCAGCAGCUAAUUAAGUGAAUCAUGCUUGUUGAUUAUCAAAUGAAAUAUAUGCGUAUAAAAGCGAAUUAUUGGUUCAUAUUUGAUGGUGUUAUGGAAAUAUGUAUACUAAACAUAUUUUGCCAGGUUUGAUAUGUAAGAUAUACUGGUAUAGUAGAUGUAUUUACCUUGCACAUAUCAUCAGCAUGUCUCUGUGUUGGUCAUACGAUAUUAUUCAGUAUGUGUAUUCUCCAAAGAUAAGAUACAUGACAUUCAUUGUUUCUUGACUGGAACAAAACUUAGCUCUUCUGGAAUGAGUUCCUAGCAAUGUACAGUAAAUGCAAGAGGUAAGGGUUCAAAGGGAGGGAGGGGGAGGGA